UCCACGUUAAACUUUAGAGACGAGUUUAUUUGUGUGUUAACCAAUAACCAAAUUAAACACGUCUUUAACUAAACUGUGCUCUAUUACAUUAUCUACUACAUUUGUUGCCAAACAGACAGCUGCUGUCGAAAUGACAUUUGUUUUAUUUAUGAAAUGUCAGCAUAAAAGUUUUUAAGUGAAACUAUUAAAAGUACCUACAAAUUAAUUAUGAGUUCCGACGAUGCAAAUAUUAUUAAUGAUAUCAAUAUUUUGAAGGAGGUGUCACAAUCCCGAAGAAGGAAAAUUUACAGAAAAAGGAUAGAUCCAUUCGCUGAUUAUGACGACAAAGUUUUUUUUCGGCACUACAGGUUUGAUAAGUCCACUGCGAGGUUUAUAAUUGAUCUUGUCCGGUCAGAUAUUACCCCACUUUCCAACAGAGGUGGGGCAAUUUCAACAGAUGUUAUAGCACUUACAGCAAUCAGAUAUUUGGCUGCAGGUUCAUAUCAGAAGGACGUCGGGGACUGCCACAACAUUUCACAACAAUCAGUGAGCAAUUAA